CCCUGUAAAAGCUUGUGCCGUAUUAGUUUAAUAUAAAGCAAGCCACGCCUUCUUGAUAAAAAUUGAAAUUGAAAUUUGAAACUAUAAAACACGUGGUCACAUGUGAUUAGGACAGAAUUUUAAAAGAUAUGCUGAGUGUAAUGAAGAUACACAUCGACUUUGAGAGACUAUUAGAAGAAUUAGGAUCAGAAGCAACCAAUCUUCCUGAUAUAUCACAAGGUUGGUCUGAUGGUUUGAGACGAGCAAUAGAUCAUCAAGCAAUGAGUCUGUUUCAGUCUCCAGAGACGUUUGGUACAUGGCUACUGAUUAAUAAACUAAAAGAAACAAAUGAUGAUAAGGUGAUUGAUGGGGUAAUUAGUGUGGGCGUGGUAUUACAAGAUUUGAUGUAUAUUAAUCAUCAAAAUUUAAUUGAAUUACUAAAUCAAACUUAUACAGUAUAUUUAAAUUACAUACAGCUGGACUAG